GGGAAUGUUCAGAUUAAGUUUCAGUUACAGGAUCAAGUUGAGAUGCUUGUUAUUUGGGCCAGAUUCCAAUCCAGUGAGAAGACUCUGACAGUGUACAAGAACUAUUCCUCUUCAAGUGGCUCAUAUAUUCAGAUCUCCCCAAUCAAUACCGCUGUACAGAUAGGAUUGCCGCUUCAAGUAGAUGUGGAGAGCAACUUCAAGCCAACUACGCUUCACUUUGUGGUGAGCUCUAGAGGCCAGGUGGUGACUGUGGGAACAGUGAAUUCCACCUCUUUUUCUCUCACUCCAGCAGUGUCCUGGUCUCCUGAGGCCUGUGUCACUGUCUACUGCAGCCUUUCCAGUGGAGAGAUUACCAGUGACAAGGCGUGCAUGCCUGUCAACCAACAAAACUACAUAUCUCUAAGCUGGAGCAGUGGUGAGGCUCAGCCGGGUGAUCAGGUAUCACUCACUGCGACUGUCCUUGAACCCAGGUCCCAGGUAGGAAUCGUGGUAAUGGAGGUGGAUGACGAGACUCCAAAGGAUGACCAGGACUUAGAAGCGAAGCAGAAAUGUAAUAUUUGGAUUAUGACCAAUGCCAGACUGUAUAAGGAAAAGCAGCCUGAUGGACCUACAGAUGAUGCCCUAGAGGUGGAACACUACUGGAGCCAGUAUAUGGAUGGUGCUAAAACCUUGUUGUGGUUAAACACUAAUGUUAGGUGA